UCAGGUAAAAACAUGGUGUAUUUGCUAUUUGUGAUUUUUCCAUAUUCACAGGGGUCUUGUGUCCCUAACCCUAGUGAAUAUGGAGGGACAAGUGGACAUUAAAAACUGCAAGUACACAAGUGUCUAUAAAGUAUAAAGAAAGAAGAGAGAAAGAAAAAGAAAAGUCAGCAAGUUGAAGCAAGAAAAUGCAAAGCUAACAUAAACAGGAAGAACAUUGACUUCUUGCUUUCUUUUCAAUGGUUAUAGCUCAAAACUAUAUGAAAUCUAACUUCUGUAAACUGAAAAAAAAAUCCCACACGUUGUAUACCAGUCCUACUAAUUAUCAAAACCCACAGUUAUCAUAACCUUUUUUCCUGCCCUCCCCCAAAUUCAGGGGCUCCCAAUCCUUUUUAUAGAAAGCCUCUAACAUUUUUUUCUCUAAUCAAGACAGAUAAUUUGUCCACUUCAGCUAAAUUAUUUAAUUUUAAUAGCCAGUCCUCAUUUUGUUGUGGUCUUCUUCCAUCUUUGCAUGUCCAACAAUCCUGCUGCAGUCAUCAUAUAUCAUAAUAAUCUUCUGUUCUUCCUUUCCUGUUGUUCAUCCAUCAGUCCCAAAAGAAAAAGUUCAGCUUUCAAUUGAACAUUAACUUCCACAAUCUUCACAAAUACUAACCUUCACAAUAUUAAGGUGUACAUUUGAGUCCAAAACUCUUUAGCCUUUUCACAUAUCCACCACAUGUGAUAAAAUUAAAAUCACAUGUUAUUCACACUUCCAGCAUACAUUUGAAACUACUUUAUCCAUUCUAGCCAACUCUUCUGGAAUCGUAUACUGUCUUUAAAUCAUUUUGUAAAAAUUCUCAAGAUCAAAACAAAGUAAAUUUCAAUCCCUUUGGUCAUAUUUUUGCCGCUUCUCCCAAUACAUGAAUUCAAGGCGGCAACAUCAAAUUAAAAAUAACGCAAAUGCAUAAAGUUUAAAAACAAUGUAUAAAGUUAAAAAUGUUAAACAUUAAAACCAUUAAAAUGUAUUUUAAAAACUUUAUACAGACCUUAAAAUAUGAAUCGUACAACCUAACCAUCAUCAGUUUGAAAAAGCCUGGCACCACAAAAAUGGUUUUACCUUCCAUCAAAAAGAGAACAUUCUGGCCCCUCUGGGGAGGGAGUUCCAGAGCUUGGGAGCAGUCACCAAGAAGGCCCUCUCUCUUGCACCCACCAAAGGAGCCUGAGACAAAGCUGGGACAGAGAGAAGGGCCCCUUCAGAUGAUCUUAAUACUCUAGUGGGCUCAUGAAGGGAAAUAUGGUCCUUCAAAUAACCUGGAUCCAAGCCAUAUAGGGUUUUAUAGGUCAAAACCAGCACCUUGAAUUGUGCCCAGAAACAGACGCAACAUAGACAUCUGUAUGUUGUAGCCAAAGUUCUAAACCAAUUUUAUCAUACAUUCUUUAACUUAUUCCACUUUCACACCUAACUUUAACAAAUGUUUAUACACUUUGCCAAUCAAAUGUUUAUCAUCAGUACAGCAGGUCCUCAAUAUCCACAGGUUUGCCAUCUGGAUUUAACCAUCCAGGGAUGGCAAGACCUGUUGCUCUCAGUGCAUGCGCCCAUGUUAGUUGCUGUGUGCAUGUCAUGCCUGCCAUUGAAAUCAAUGGGACUCAAGGCCCCAUGUUUUUCUUUAUCUGCAGGGGGGUCUGGAAUAGAUCCCCCGCAGAUAUGAAGGGCAGACUACAUAACCAUCACUCAGAUUCCAAUUUAUUUUGUUCAAAGCCAAAGAUCAUUCCAUCCACGUUAAAUCUUUCAGGCAUUUCUUGAUAGGAAAAACAUUGAAAGCUAUAAACUUCUAAAAAGAUUGUAUUGAUUUAAUUUUGUAUUCUUGAUCAAACACCAACAAAUCUUGGUAAGUUAACCAUCUUUCUUUUGCUAUGGCUUGCUUUCUUUUAAAAGGCAUUUUGUACUGACACUCACAAAGGGCGUCUUUGGGCACAGCCUAGGUUUAUACCUAUUUCAUAUUCCAUACAAGGCAUGUCUCACAAAUUGAUUAAAGCAGUCUUUCUCAAACUUUUUACCCUGGAGAAAAACUUGAAAUAAUUUCCAGGUCACAGGGAACCCCUACACAAAAAUUAUCUGUGCAGCUAGUUUGUGUGUGUGUGUGUGUUUUUUUCCCCCCAAUCACAAUCUCUUGUAGAACCCCUGAUGCCCUCUUAUGGAGGUUCCAGGGAACCCUGUCUGAGAAACCCUGCUCUAGAGACUUCCAGUGUCAAUCUUCAUGGCACCUUCUUUACAAACAAACAAGUACUGUAAAAGGAACACAAACCUCCAAUAUUCCCUCUUCAUGGGGAAAUGAACGCUACAAAGUUACCUUCAGGCUUCCUUCUGCUCGUGGCCAUAUUGCUUAGGAAUAAUGGAAGGUUUAAUCCAACACAUGGAGGGCACCAGGUUGGGGAAAUGGCUCUUAAUGUAUAAAGGGAGACUAGGAAUUUAUGUUGCUUUAGGUUAAUACAUGCAAUUAUUGGGCCAUGGACCAUGCUGCUCCCACCAACAGAUGUAGGUCAUGAUAGAAAAUCUUGAAUGGAAUGGAAUUUGAGCAAGAACAAUUAAGUUCUGUUCACAUCUUUUUCCUUUGCUUGCACAAUCCAGCCAUGUUAUCCCCAAUUAUGUCUUUCCUUUAAACCCUAGUCUAGCAAAUCUUAUUUUGCAAUCUUGGCCUAAGAGACAAUCAGGUUUGGGGGGACCUUUGCUUUCUUACAAUCUGAUGUUGGGCUUAUGUCUCUCUGCUUUUGAAUGACAUGGGGUGGGAAGCAGUUUGACAUGACAGUGUGUUUCUGAAAAUUAUUUUUCAUAACAUGUGUCUUCUAGCUUGUCUAGUUCACUAUUGGAAGACAGAUUAUUUCCAAGGUAGCCCCAGUCUGUAGAUCAUUAACACUCUUAUUUGGUUCAUCCGAUAAGUUGGACAAGAAGACCUCUGGACUUUCCUAGGAGAUUAGUGACCAUUGUUGGGAGGCUGAAGCAAGAAAACAAACUGGGUUUCAGACAAAGUUUUCAGUGAGACAGGCAGCCCACCACCAGUGGGGCAUCUUCUCUGAGUAUGGCACUGAGGGAGCACGGGCUGCAUUUCUUCCGCAGUGCUGUUGGCACUAUCCUUCCAGGACCCAUGCUAAAAAGGGCCCUGGUGCUAGAGACGACAACUGGUUGUCCCCGGCUUGUGUUGCGUGAUCAGCCUUUUGAACUGAAGAGGAACCUGUAUUUGGUUGGCUUUGGGAAAGCGGUACUGGGCAUGGCAGCUGCAGCAGAAGACAUCCUUGGAGAACACCUUGUUCGGGGAGUAAUCAGUGUUCCGCAUGGCAUUCAAGAAACUCUGCAGUACAGAGGACUGAGGGAGAUGUUGCUGAAGCCUCAGAGCCGCAUCUUAGCUAUGGAAGGAGCUAAAAACAACCUUCCUGACAGAGACGCUCUGAAGGCAGCCAGCGCCAUCCAGGAUCUGGCUGAGGGCCUGACAGCAGAGGACCUUCUCCUGGUGUUGAUAUCAGGAGGAGGAUCAGCACUUUUACCUGCACCCAUUCCUCCAGUUACCCUUGAAGAGAAGGCAACCAUCACAAGGCUGCUGGCUUCAAAAGGAGCUACCAUUCAAGAGCUCAAUACCCUUCGAAAAGCUCUCUCCUUGUUGAAAGGUGGGGGGCUGGCCCGGUUUGCCUAUCCUGCCCAGGUGUUGAGCCUUAUCCUCUCCGAUGUCAUUGGGGAUCCAUUAGACAUCAUAGCAAGUGGACCCACUGUUGCCAGUUCUCACAGCAUCCAGGAUUGUUUUCAGAUACUGACCAAAUAUAACCUGCUGAAUGACUUGCCAGAGUCUGUCCAGACUGUUCUCUCUGGCUCUGUCACAGAGCAUGGUACUCCUCAAGACUUUCACCAUGUCUGCAAUGUAGUCAUUGGUUCUAACAGAUUAGCUUUAGAGGAGGCCAAACGCCAGGCAGAGAAUCUGGGUUACCUGUCUGUGCUUCUGAGUGAUGGUGUGUGUGGGGAGGUCAGCACAGUUGCCCAGCUCUACAGCCUGUUGAUUCAGCUUGUUUGCCUGAGCACCAUUAGGGUUUCCAGGAACGACUCUUUAAAAGACAAGGUGAGGGGAGCCCUCUCAAAUCUUGUAGAAGAGCUAGCAAUCCCAAGGUUGGACCUUAUGGAUGCCUUGAAAACUUUGCAAGAAUCCCAUGGCGAUAUGCCCAUUUGUCUCCUGGCUGGUGGAGAAACCACUGUGCACCUUCAAGGAAAGGGGAAGGGUGGGAGAAACCAGGAACUGGCUUUGCGAGUGGCCUUGGAGCUGCACAAGGCUAAAUCCACUGCAGAGGGAAACUACCUGGAAAGAUGUGAAGUUGCCUUCCUGAGUGGCGGAACUGAUGGACAAGAUGGACCCACAGAGGCAGCUGGGGCCUUCUGUAGCCAAGCGCUGGUGGAAGAGGCUGAGCAGGAAGGCUUCAUAGUUGAGGAUUUUUUGAGCAAUAACGAUUCAUACACAUUCUUCUCCCAGUUCCAGAGUGGGCGUCACCUCCUCAUGACAGGAUUGACAGGCACAAAUGUCAUGGACAUUCACACUGUUUUAAUCAGAGCUAAGGGAAGUUAGUGAUGCAGCAGAUGCUGUAGAUUUUUUUAAAAGAAAAAGGAAGAACAUCAAACCAUGGGCAGCUGUAGGCUGCAUAAAUUGGGCAGCAUUGCUGUCCAAACUGUGUUAACAUCAAGGGCAUAAAGGAAAGUAACAGCUAGACACAUGGAAGCUGUUACCUUUAUCCAAGGCUAAAGUAACCAUAGUACCUGCAUCUGAAUGUCAAGGCCAUAUUAGCACUUUCCUACUUCAGAUGCUAACAGAAUUCGUUUGGGGUAACAGAAUUUUCUUAUUUUUCUUGACUAAUUUCUUGGUUUUUUCCCUCAUACGAAUAACAAUAAUAGGGAGAAUCGAUUAGAAAGCCUGUAAGCACAGAAGGAGGGAUACCACUGUAAUGGAAACAGCAGUGAGGGCACUAGUUCAGCAAUAGAUAUAAUAACGAUACUGGUGGUUGAAGAAUAAACUAGCUCUGUACAGCAGCAGCUUUGAAAUUAGACAAGGAAAGAACAUCUGACCAGAAUAUCUAAGGUUUAGCAGUUUUUCAACAGGUUGUAGGCUGGCAUAAGACAGGAAUGGAUACAAAUUGGUAAACUAAAUGACUUAUUUGAUUGUUGGUCAGAUUGGUUUUACAUGCUAAAAUGGGAAUAUAAUCACCAGAUUCACUUGAUAGACAAAAGAGUUCUGGUGCUUUAGAGCUUGUUUAGUGUGUCCUGAGCUUUUGUAGGUAGCAACUUGCUUUAGCAUGUUUGUGAAUUCAGAACUCACCUGAAGGAGCCUGCAGCUGUGAAGUUUCAAGGUCUCAAGUUCAAAGAUGAGCCUUUACAUUGAUUCUCUUCUCAUUCCAGUGUGAUGUCUGUAACCAUAAUUGUUACAGGCUUGUCAAAGCUUUGCAUUCUGCUCCAUAACAAGAAUCAAGACUCAUCUGUCAUACUGACUGCAGCAAGAACCACCAAACCUCUGCCUCUUGAGCUAUUAGUGGGAUGCUUUAUCAAUCCUUCCCCAUCAACAACUCCUCUUGUGCCCUCCAGAGGUUUUGCACUCCAGUUCCCAUCAGCCUCAGCUGCUAGUCACUAACCAUGAGAUUUGAAAUCCAAAAUAUCAGAAGGAUAGCAGUUUGGGGAAAGCUGUUUAAGUGUUUGUGAUUUGUGAAAGCAGAAACAUUCAGACAUUUGCACAGAGAAGUAAAUAAUAGUGAUUGUUAUAAUAAGUGGCCUGUAUUCUGUAUCAGCUACUUAGUUAAAUAUACUAAUUUUAAUCUGGCCUGACCCAUACCCAGACAUGAAGCAGACAUUAACUCAAUGGUCCUCACUUUACCCUUUUGACCCACUUUAUAUCCACUUGCAAACAUUUGCGCACUCCCCUGAUCAGUAUAGUAUAUGAAUAAUUUUUUUUGAUUAGUGUAAGGAAAUAACAUUGUUCAAUUUAGAACACUUAUUGAAUUAUUUAACAAGUGUAAUUUUUGCAUAUACUUAGUGUACAGCUGAGCAUGCGUGUGCAUGUGUGUGUGAGAUCAAGAGAAAGAGAGCAAUAAAGGAAUAUUUUAGCCACUGUUUACCUAGGGCACACUGGACUGAAUGGCCAUGCUGGUUGAGGCUGAGCAGCAUCUCAUCCCGAGAAAACGGGCAGUGACAGGAUGGAUGGGGCCCUGCCGGAAGCUUUCCUCUUCCUUGAGGCUCCUUGUCUUUCUCUUCUCCUCCAGGACAGAAAAAGUUGAGGAGAUGAUGAUGAUGAUGGUGAUGGUGAUAGUGGUAGUAGCCUCCAAGUCUCACACAUAUCCUUAAGUAACUUGGGUGCUGCAGACCCCAGGGGUCCCACCUCCCAGUUUGAAAACCACUGUAUUAACCCAUCUUUUGAUCACUGGCACAAUGGUUCUCCUUCUCCCCAUGCAACUGAUGCCUGGUAAAUUAGGUGUGCGUGUGUGUAGAGUUAUGACCGUAACACAAUUGUGACUAUGCAACAGUCAUGAAUACAAAACACUUGUGGAUGAGUGAAUCUAGGUAACUCUUACUUUUUCACAAUCCCUACUUAGUCACAUUUGUGAGACUGUUGCCAUGGUUGUAACUCCCUGUCCCAACUUAUUUUUACUGGGCAUUGGCUGCAUGGGGGAAUGAGUCUAUUUGGCCAGAUGUCAGAGCAUGGUUGCAUGACAUUUCUGUCAGAUUUCGGGAAUUGUUAGGCCAAAAGAAGUUACAUAACUAAUCAGCUGAUAUGGAAUACUUGCUAGUGUUCCUUGCCAAAUAUUGUUCAUUCUCUGAAAAAUGUUCAAAAUAUUUGCUCAAUGAUUUUAAAUGACAAGGCUUAUGAGGCUGUUGUACUUCAUUUUAUCAUUUCCAAACUGUUUUUAAUCAGUAAUAAUAAAGCUAUGCCUCUUUCUUAUAUUCAGUUUUGGAGUACCUUUGCUUCUCUGACUUGGAUCCAAAACAUUUGAAAUUUUGUUGCUGGAAAAAACAAGAAUUUUAACUAACAACAUGUGCCAGUAAUAUCCUGAUUUCUAAAAUCCAUGUAUUUACUGAUAAAAGAGAUUUAUCACCUCUAAAGCUAACUGUGUGGUCCU